AUUAUUGCCGUGGAAAUGCUGUACCGAAUAGUGGAGAGCGCCGGAAAAGAGCAUUAGAUUCCCGAGAUGAUGAUAUUGAUGAUCAGGACGUUAUUCCGCCGUACAACCCGCCCGUACGUAAUAUUACUUCUCUCUCAUGGCCAACGCCCAGUGGAUUGACAGAAGAAAACGUCACGGAGAUAUGCAAUAAAAGAAUAAGGUAUUCGAAGAGCGGUGAAAGUUGUGGUGCUGUUGCUGGUGUGGAUUUGGAUGCUCUUGUUGGUCAAUGCAUCUCUGAUAUUCAGGUACAUAUAGAAAAAAUAUAAUAAUAAGAAAACAUGAAAAAGCAUGGUACGAAAACACCACAAUUUGUAAUUUGCAAAUGAAUAUAGUACAAUAAUUUCUAUGUUACUAUAAUAUAGUUUUAAUAAUUCGUAAUUUUGUAAGUAAUAUUAAAGAAAAACGAUGUGAAACAAAUAUUACUUUGUAAACACUAAUUUAUCUCCGGUCAAUUUAUCGUGACUUAGACUUAUCUUAUAGAUAAACUUUUGCAACCCCUUUCCCACUGGGAGAAUUGUAGUUCAAUGGUAGAAUUAAUACAUAUAUAAUGCGUACUUAAUCAUGAGUUAUGUCUCCACUUUUUGCAAGCAUGCCCUUUCAAAUUCGCCAUAUUAAAUUUGGCUAUGGGAGUGAGAACUACAAAGUAUAGAAACAACGCUAAGAUUAGGUUUUUUUGCGCAAAUCGUUUGUUUUGCUGUCUAAAUUUGCAGUUUGACGAUACGUUUUGAAAUACGGUUAUUACGAGGUUCUUUUUGAAGACAUAAAAGCAAAUGCUGCAUCUGUUGUUACAAAAAACAAUGCUUUGUGAAAACAAAGUAAUUUUGCGCGAACAUAAUUUACUCUUAAAACGUUUUGCAUGCUCUGAGCAUCGCAGUUAUGCUAAAAUCCGUCAUGAAAUUACAAAACGAUAGUUAACUCUAGUUUUCUUGUAACUAAAUGAAGUGUUUUCAUGUUUUUUAAACAAAAGGUAUUUAUUUAUCAGCCAUUUUUGUCACUUCUAAAAACUGCUAAAGGUUUUUAUUAUUAUUUCUGCUGGAAAUUGAUGUAUUGUAUUGGCUAUCUUUGUACGUACUGUAUGUAUGUAAUGACGCUAGCCUAAUUGUCAGUCAACAGCAAUAGUUGAUUUUUCAGUUUCAUAUUCUAAGCCAAUCAGAAAGCCCAAAUAGUCAAUAAACUUUACACUGUAUUUCUUUUUGUUGCACUGUACUUCAUUUUUUGGCACUGUAUUUCGAAGAAAUUACACGGCUCUUAAUUAUAAUUAAUAAUACACAUUUCAUGUGUAUUAUUAAUUAUAAAACGGUUGAGAUAUUUCUUAAAACAUACCCAACGAGUUUGUCUUGAUCUUUUGUGUUUUUUAUGGCUUUCACAGCAACCUUGAAAUUAUACUUUUAAACAACGAUUUCUGUAUAUAAUUAUAUACUGUUCAGAACUACUGUUUUUUGUUAAAAACCAAAAUGAAAUAGGUUUUUGUGUCACUGUCACUUUCAAAUGCCGAACGAUUGCCUUUGCUUCAAAUUUCAACCAUUUCUCUAAAGUUUAUGCAGAAAAACAAGAUGCUAUAAUUAAUAAUUACAUUUAAAACAUCAAUGGACGACUGAAGACAUUGAAUCCUUCGGAAUCUUUACAUGUAAUGAUUCAACUAUUACCCUUGUCCGACAAAAACGCGUCAUUUGGAUGCACAGUCGAAUCUCUAACUGAUCUAAAUGUUGGCACAAUUUCCUGCUACUGUAUAUAUCCCUUACUAUAGCUGUUACUGCAGGUUAAUGUUUUAAAAAGGUAUGAAAAAACUUCUUUAUCCUUUUAACUACACAGAUAACUGACGAUGUAUCGUGGGCUGUAGCCAAUCUUGGAGCCAUGAACGAAAUUUGUAAGGAGAAUGUGUACAAGAACAUAACUUAUUACAAGAACAGUACAGAUGGACGUAUAGAACUUGAAACAACCGUUCUUGAUUCAUUAUGUCCAAAUGAUUGCUCAGACCGCGGAAAUUGUUCAAACUCCACUUGCACUUGUUUUGAAGACUACACAGCCUCCGACUGUUCAAUAUCGUUAAAAGAUAGUCCCAUUUUAUACGGAAUACGUAAAUCAGGAUUGUGUGAUGUAAGAAGAAGACCAUGUCGCAAUGUGGGUAUUUAUGCUUUCCCAUUGUUGGAUUCUGAAAAUCUUACAUGCCAUGUCCAAGAAUUUAAGGUACGGUAUGUCACGAUUGAGCGGAUGCCUCGGCAGGGUCACCAGUAACAGUCAGUGUCAAAACUUUCAUACAAAAGAAAUUAAAAGAACUGUUUUCGGUUUUUAAAAAACUUGCAUACACAUGCAAAACAGUAUCAUGGUCACGAAAGUAUAAUAGUUGCUACCGAUGCUAGCACAACACACGUGUUGCGCGUGAUGAAUACCCAUUUCAUAUUGACUUGAUGUGACGCACGCUAAAAGUGGUGACACUGACGGUUAGUUGACCCUAGCCGUUUACGAAAUGGAAAAUUGCGGUGCCUUCCCUCCCCAAAAAAAACUGCCGCGUGAUUUUUCUCCUAGUCUAAAACAAGGAUCGGAAACAGAUCUUAGAUGAUCUCAAUUCUAUUCAUCAGCUAACCCUAACCCUAUAGAGUUGUCAAAGUAGCGAGCGAAAACAUGUCAAAAACGAUCGGUGAAAGGUAUGUUGCAUCAGUUGUGAAACACCCUGUGUUUUACAGCGCCCUGGUGUUAUCAAGUAAUCUUAGUUAGCUAAAAUAUAAAACACAUAAUACUCGCAUUCUUAGUGGUAAACGUGGGAAACCUCCUGAAAAAUAUCUCAAUAGAUGCUCUUUAUUCAAUGUGCGUUUCAACAAACCAAGUCAUGAGAAAAGUACGCGUUGAAAGUGCGAUAUUUCUAACUUCGAACACGAGCAGAUAAUGCUCCAUUUAAAAUUAUGGCCAGCUAUAACGCCAGCAGUGCUGUUUAGUGUUUACGCUCUUUGACCAAAAACAAAAACACAAAAUAAUUUUUUAUAACAAAGAAAUAUACGUGCAAAUUUACACUGUCCUGUGUAUUUGCUUCAAGCCUGCCUCUCAAAGAGAUUUUAUUCGGGAUGUAUAAAGAGCCCGCCAAAAUGCGGGCAAGAUUAAUUUUGUAAAACGGGCGGGCGGCGAGAUAUCGCGAAUAAAAACCUUUUUGAGAGGCAGACUUGGAGCAAGUCCAACUGCAUGUCCAGCAAAGUUAGUCUGGGCGGGAAGUUGUUUAUGACUUAAAGAAUUAAGGCAAAAGAAAUUAGGGUAUUAUCAUGGAUUAUUAUAGGCAGCAGUUAUUAGAAAAAUUCAAUUAGAAAAGUACUUUCACAAGUACUUUCAAAUAAGUACUUCACCGACAAAUAAAAAUACACACUAGACAAUGAUCAGAACAUUUUCUUCCCUUUACGAAUUUCUAGUAUACUCGUCAAUUUUAAUAUUUAAAUAGUGCUAUCAAUCUAUAUAUACUGUUCAAGUAACCAAUAAGAACGCGCAUGCAGAGCAAAUUUCUAAUCCAUGAUUUCUGUUAAAGGUUAUUGAAUCAGUGUGGAUCCCUGACAAUUCCAUCUCGUUAUACCCUGGGUUGAUGAUGGACAUCAAUGAAGUAAAAUGUUUUCUCCCUGAAUCACCUGUCAACAUUGGUGACUAUGGCAACGAAGGGAUAACAGCUGCUGGACUAAAGAUUGCGGUGUCCAAUAAUCGCGCAAACGUCUCUAAAGAGUCCAUGAUGUUUAUCACGUAUGAUUCCGUGUGCCAGGAAUGUAAUAAUACCAUUAAGGGAUGUCAACUUAAGGUGAACUUAUAA